CCUUAUCGCUUGCUAUCAGUUAGCGGCAUUUCUUUUCCUUUCUCCAUCCAAAAUCUGCAGGUCGCCGUUGCCUCUCGUCUCUCCUCUCGGAGUUCAAUUCCUCUCCCGUCUCGUGUCUACUGCUAGCGGCAGGAAGAGACGAUCAGUCACCUACUCACGUCACCAGGAUAAGCGAUUAGGGGGGGAGGCUCUGUGCUUCUUCUACUUCUUUCGUCCUCAAUCUUUGGUUUGUAUUGUGCCGCUUCUUCUGGAAGAGCAAGCGAUUCCCGGAUUCUGACCUUCUUCGCAUUGAAACUUGAAAUGUCCAAGCAAGCUUUAGGAUUGGAUUGGAAUAGAUUUUGUACUACUGGGUAGGCGGUUGGCUAGCUUCUACUGGGUAGGGAUAUUCUUGAAAUGUUCGGAGGAAGAGCAACAGUGAAGUUUUUGAUGUGGUCGUCUUCAAUUCUGUCAAAAUCUGAUAUAUUAUUUCCAGGGCAUGGUGGAGAACUUUUUUUCAGUCUCAAUCGGGCUUCGUCUUUUAAAUCUACCUCUUCUUGUUUAGCACGCGUUUCAAGUAGGAGCAUAUCUAAUGAUUCAGUUAAGAAGAAGAAAAAGAAUAGCAACAGGAAAGAAAAGAGCUUUAUAUCAGUGGACUCACUGGUGAAGCGGACACGUUCUAACAAGGAACUCGAUGAGGAUAUAAUCGAGCAGCAUCUCAGUGCUGACAGCCACGUUCCUGUGAUGCUGGGCGAAGUCUUGGAUGUAUUCUCCAAUCGUCAGCUCCGCUCUUUUGUGGAUUGCACUGUUGGUGCUGGUGGCCAUUCUUCUGCUAUAAUUCAGGCCCAUCCAGAGCUUCAAUGUUACAUUGGAUUGGAUAUGGAUCCAGUAGCACAUGAAAUGGCACGUACCCGAAUUAAUGGUCUUCUAAACAGUGGUGCUUCUCAUGUGUCUUCAGAUUUGAGGACACAUUUUCAUCUGAAGAACUUCAAAUUUAUAAGAUCUGUGUUAAGUGAGGUUGAUGAGAAACUCAUCGACGGUGGAGUUGAUGGCAUAUUGAUGGACCUUGGGAUGUCAUCUAUGCAGGUUAAUAAUCCAGAAAGAGGUUUCAGUGUACUUGGUGAUGGACCUCUUGAUAUGCGGAUGAAUCCCCAGGAAAGUCUGACAGCAGAACACAUUCUAAAUUCUUGGCCUGUUACUGAAAUUGGACGAAUUUUGCGGGAAUAUGGGGAAGAAAGCAAUUGGUUUUCUCUUCAAAAUAAGAUAGACAGGUCUCGUAACACUGGUGGGUUGCAUUCCACAAGGGAACUUGUGAAACUGAUUCAGAAUUCAACUCCAAGAUCAAGAGGAGGGAGGCAAGGGUGGAUCAAGACUGCAACUCGGGUAUUUCAAGCUCUAAGAAUAGCUGUUAACGACGAACUCAAGACACUGGAAGAUUCUGUCUACAAUUGUUUUGAUUGCCUUUCACCAGGGGGGAGAUUAGCUGUGAUCUCCUUCCACAGUUUGGAGGACAGAAUUGUGAAACAGACUUUCCUUGACAUAAUAGGAGGCAGAAGUGGGAGCGAUGAGGGAUAUGGGCAAUCGAGUGAACCGGUGAGUGGAAGCCAUUUACAGAAGAAGCAUACAGCGGACGCAGAGGAAGCAUGGAUUAAAAGGGUUGUACAGGGCAACAAUGCAAGGAUCUUGACCAAGAGACCAAUAACACCGUCUGAGAAGGAAGAGGAAUUGAAUCGGCGGAGCAGGAGUGCGAAGCUCAGAGUAAUUGAGAAGGUUUGACAAAUGUAGGUGCCAUUAAGUUUUCCAAAGCAAAAAUAUUCAGCAAUAGAAAGUUUUGCUUGUCGCGAUAUUAAUUUAUCUUCGAAGGGAAUAUUUUGAAGAUGUGCCAUUUAGUGUCAAAGUAAAUUCCAAUGAUCUCGUGGAGUAAGCGGAGGUUUCCUCUCUCUGCCUUCUCCAUUUUGGGGCCAA